ACGUGGUUGGCUGGACCGCUAACUGAGCGGAUGUGGAGGGGCUUUAUAAUAAAACUGCAGUCCUGUUCGUCAACCUAAACCCGCUCUGAACCCAGACACACAGCAGCCCGUGGUGUUUUAUUUUACUGCUCCAGCAUGUCCUCAUACGUUACCGCAGACUUGGAACUUGAGCUGGGCGAGUUGCUGCAGGAGUUCCAGGAUGUGGUGGAGGAGCUGAAAGCCCCGUCUCAAAGCAAACCCCAUGCGUACCAGCACGUCCUGCAGGAGGCUAAAAGUCGCACAGGGCUGGGGGAUGACAGUGGAGUCGAGGACUCAGAUUAUAGCAGCGAAGCUUCUUUGGGAAACAGUUUGAACACCAGCGAGGAGGAGCUUCACACAGCAGGCAUAACGCUGGCACAGAAAGCCAAGCUGGGAGACACAAGUGAACUUGAGAGUUUUAUCAACAUGUUGGACCAGGAACUUGCAGAAAUGUGAACAGAGAGAGAAUUCUGCCAGGUAAAUGGGGGGAGAAACAGGCCGGGGGCGACAUGGCUGGCUACUGCCUGGCAGACAGGCGGAUCUACACCUGAGCAGAUCUGAGGGAGCAAAUGCUCCCCUGGCUGCUCCAGGGGAAAAGGCUAACAUCAGAAAUUAAAAGGGCACUCCAUUUCAAAAUGUAAGAACACCCACAGACCCCUGGCGAUGCCGCGUCCUCCCGGCAAGACGACGUCCCCCGCAGCAUCAGAUCCAAGACGUGUGACAUGUUCCCGAAACUAGACAAAGCCUCCAUCUGUCCGGGAAGAGCAAGAAAACGCUUGUUGAAAGCAUGUUUAUACCACAUUUUAAACUCCCAAAAGUACUAUGCUAGUAAAGGGCCCUAAAUCCUCAGUGCCAUAUUUCUUUUAAAGGAGGUUGAUCAUCUUUUUAGCUCAACAUUACAGAUAGCACUUUAGUUUAAACACAUUUCAAGUCCCAGGGAUUUAGAUCUGCUGUGUAAUAUCAAUUGUCAUUUAUGUGCUGAUGUUUCCAGUGUGUGUGUGUGUGUGUGUGUGUGUGUGUGUGUGUGUGUAUAUAUAUAUAUAUAUAUAUAUAUAUAUAUAUAUAACGUGUUGUACAGAUGAAUGCAAGUAUAAAUAAAGCUACAUUUUGGUUGAAUUUCA